AUGGUGCACAAGUCGUUGACCGACCUCCCUCGCAACCUCAAGGAAGGUAUUGACUGGCUGUUGGCCGUGAAGGGAGAUGAUGGUGAAAGCAACUUGAAGGCCCUGGGAGCAGCAGUUUACGACUUUCUCGCACAGCAACCUCUUGCCUUGACGAAUGUACCAUCUCUUGAGAAUAUAAAACUUAUUUCUAUGGGGUUCAUGUGGAACAAGGAGCUAAGGGACUUGUGGCCCGCCAACGUGAUGCUCGGGAAAUUCAUUCAUUCUGCGGAUAAAAAGGCCGAUGAACUGGCGGAUACUAUGGGCACCAGGCCUGAGAAAGUUGCAGCGAACAUAGGUACAAUUGUGCAUGGUGUCGAGAAGUUCUUGGACGAUAUUAAGCACCCUGCCCAGUACAAGUCUGCUUACGGCCACAAAGCGACGUGGGACAGAUCAUGUGCGAAAAACCCGGAAGAUUGCGCAGCGAUCUUUGUAGGGAUUGCUCCUAUGCUAUACGUAGGCCUAGAAUCAUUGAGGGAUGCGAGCGAAUCUGCAAGCGGUGCAUUCUUAAGUGAUGAAAUUUCUACGAGGCGUUUCAGAAGGGUAUUUAAGGCCAUGGGCUACAGGAAGCGCAGGCUGCGCCCUAACAUCGGUGGUCCAGAUUUCCUCAAGGCGCUGAGCAAUGUGCAGAAGGAUGUAUUGUCCAUACUCGAUGAUGUGUCUGGAUUUGAUGAUCCUGAUUCCGCAUUGGACGGGAAGUCUAAGGCCGACUCAAUAUUGAACGAUUUUGGCUCGUGGCCUAAAUACUAG